AUGGGGACUGGAGUGUUUGAUUGCUUGGCUGAGCUUUCCAGAGUUACGGGUUCCAAUCUCAACCCCAAAAAGGCACUGGUAUGUGCUAACAAAAGCUUUAUGUGAAAUCAAGCCAAAUGCUUUUGCAGAGUGAAAUAUUUGGUUGAUUCCCCGAUCAAGUACGCUCUAUUCCGCAAGCAGGUCUCAAGCCCACCAAAAAUGCUGUUCACUCAACACCAGACAAUCAGGCAAAUUGUAUCUGGUAUCUUUGUUUGGUCUCUGUGCCAUAUUACUUAGACGAGAGAAUUUCAAGCAAAUGAAUUUGUGAGAUCUAAAAAUAUUAUUCCUAUUGUUGAUGCCAUUAAUGAAGAAAAUGAAAAACUGUGAAAUACCAAAAAGUUUAGGCAGAAAAUGCCCUUUGAAAGAAAUGUCAAAAUAUCAGUGUGGAAUAGCAGAGCUUGAUUAUGAGAUUCCGGAACUUGAAGGGAAUGAAAAUUAUUUAAAUUCAUUUGUGCCUUGGUACCCUCCAUUACCAGCCUCAUCUUCCUCUUCUUCUUUAAAUAAUGAGUUCUAUAAGGACACAAGAAACAUCAGCGGUUCCAGCAGCCCAUGCAGCACAAGCAGCCCAUGCAGCACAAGCAGCCCCUGCAGCCCCUGCAGCCCCUGCAGCCCUUGCAGCACCAGCAGCUUCUUACAACCCACUUAUCAACCGCCCUUAAAGAGUAUGUGUGUGCCUAAUUGGGUCUUGCUCUACUUUAAAUUGCAAGCAAAAUUACCAGAUGCUGCAAGGCAAACUCUUCUUAAACUCACUCAGCUUGGAAGAUGUGGGAUAAAAGACCUUUUAUGACCUGCUUAACUUUAUAACCUCAGGGUAUUAUCUUUAGAGUUAUUACUUUCUAACACUGCCUGAGAAAAGGAAUGCAAGUGCAUUCUAAGAAGUGUUUACAUCAAAGUUCCAGAUUUGUGUUAAUUAACCACUGGCUGACUUGCCAUCUAUGACUUCUGAUGACUUGUAAAAGAGCUCACAGCAGCCAGUUUUCUUGUUAAAAUCAAGUGAUCGACCCAAGAGAGAGUGUAAGGAUUUGAAGAAACACCAAGCUAAAAGGAAAAGUCUAAGUAAGUGCUAUUUCAGGAGGAAAUGGAAAUGCAAGUACUUCCAAAUGUCUAAGGAUACUACUGCAGAUUGCCUGAGUUACCAAUUAUGGUGAAUGAUUUUCAUUCCCAUUCACAGUUCUUUGCAUUUCCAACUUGGGCGAUCAAUUUUGAUCCAGUUCCUCUGACCAAUAACCUGCCAACCAUAGGCCACAAGGCUUUUGCAUCCCUUAGCAAUGAUCCCAUGGAGGUGUUCGACCCAAUGCCUUCAACCCCACCAGUGCCUACAACUCCGCAAACACCAAAACUCCAGUCAUCAAGCUCCGAGGACCACAAAGUCAGUGAAGAUGUCAUCCAAUCAUUGGUAAUUCCAAGAAAAUCCAAAGGGGUGGGAGACGUCUUGUAAAAGGGAAAAAGAGAGGCACCACUGCACUCUUAAACUUCUGCCUUCUCCUUUAUCUUGGAAGAGCUGAGCAACAACACACAACAACGGCACCCACAACAAACAGAGGCUAA